AUGUCGGGCCCGCCGGCCGCCUCGCCGCCGCCGACGCCCGUGCAGAUCCGCGAGGCCAACGCGCACCUGGCCGCGCUGCACGCGCGCGUGGCCGAGCUGGAGCGCCGCCUGGCGGCCGCCGAGCUCACCGUGCGCGGCCAGGCCGAGAGCCUCCUGCGCAAGGACGCCGAGAUGCGCCAGGCCGUGCAGGGGCUGCGCCAGGGCAAGGACAGGGAGAUCGCCGCCUUGGAGGAGAAGCUACAGUCAUCCGAGGAGAACGCCCAGAAACUCCUCCACGUGAUCCAGGAAAAGGACGGCAUCAUCACGCAGCUUCAGCACCGCAGCCGCCUCCUGACCAAGAUCUGCCGCAGCCGACCUGUCCUGGACAACCUCCUGGCCUACAUGGCCGAAGGGGAGCAGCUAAGCCCCGUCCUUGAACCCGGGAGCAGUCCUGGCUCUCCGGAUCGCAGCCCACCCCUGGAGACAAACUGCCUUCCCAGUCCCCCCGUGGAUACCAAAGGCUUCUCCCUUGAAGACGACGAGCAGGAUCCGGACAGGAUGCUGUUUGGGACGACGGUGUGAGCAGCCGUGUCUCCGUGCCGCUCCUGCCGACCAGAUACCCCCUUGGGGCACCCUCUAGGUUUGCCGCGGGAGGGAGGGCAGGUGAGCUCCCCGUUCCUUGCUUUGGGGUCCAGCAAGCCAAGACUCGGCAGUGCCGCCUCCAGAUCCUGGUGCUCCGGGUGCUCAGUGAGCCGGGAGACGAUUCCUGUGAGCUGAGGGGCCACCGGUCGCUCCCCCACACCCAUGUGUCUCAGGCCACACGCAGUCACGUUUGGGGGACCAGGGGCCCCCAGGGCUGCCUUCCUCAACCUGGGGCCCUCCAGACGUGAAAGCAGAGCUAGCCAGUUCAGGAUCGAGGAGCGGCAUGACCCAAAUGAAAAAGGGGGCAGUAGGAUGAAUGUGAGGGGUUGCCGCACUCGGAGCUUUUCCAUCACCCCCGUGGGACGCACUCCCCAGCAGGGUUCUGUGCCAGGCUGUGCGGGGCAGCAGUGCCGGGCCUUUUGGCUCGGCCUUUCUGUGGGUCCUGGCUGUGCCGUGUGGUACUCUGCCACAGCCGGGCCCAUGGCGCCCGUGACACGACCUCAGGCGUGUUCCUUGUGGGGCAGCGAGAGAACGGCAUCUCCCACGCGGCCAGUCUGUGGAAUCUGGCGGGGGGAACCCAGGCGAUGACGCCCCCCCGCCCUGGGCUCAGCUGCUCUGGAGUGCUGCUUCCUCGUCCUGGCAGCUCCAGACCUCUUCCAAGGCUGCUCGGCCAGCCGGCCAGGGCGGAAGGCAGGGCUGCGUUCAGGUGGGGGUGCUGGGCAGAGGUCUUGGCCUUCAUUUCCGUCAGCCUCAGCUGCCGAGAGCCAGCCAGUGCGGCCACGCACCCUCUGGAGGGCCAGAAAUCGGCCCGCCCAUCCUGUUCAGUUCGUUGUGAACGGUCCACUUCAUCCAGUGGCCGCCUGCCCCGCCUUUAGCCAGUGCUCGGGCCACUGGACUGUGCCCAGUGGCUGCCUCCAGCCCCUCUUCGCUUUCACGGGGAGACGCCCUGGUUGGAAGGGGCUUGCAGAGGAGGCGAGAAACGCUUCUUCAGAGAGUUUAGUCACUGUGGGAGCCAGGGAGAAGCUGCCGCCCCAGCUGCGUCCCUCCGCUUUGCCAGCCCUGUUGUCCCUUCCUCACCUGCAGGCGGUUUGGUGUCUCCGUACCUCUUCAAGCCUGCGCCCCCUCGGGAUGUGUGGGGACGGGGUCUGGGCCACAUUGAACCGGGUGACCGAUGGACCUGCCCUCCCUCCCUCCCAGACCCACGCAAGGCCUCCUCUCCCUGCGCACGGGGCCUGUGCUGCCAGAGAUCCCAGCGGUUCUGGAGGAGCGCAGGGGUCGGCUCUGUGCCACGUGUGACUGCGGCGUCUCUGUGGGGCUGAGCAUGUUCCGUGGGGCUGCUCAUACCCUCUCCCGGCUUUUAAAGUUGGGGUCCCGCUUGCUUCACCUCUUCGCAGCCUGUGGUUGAAUUUCCACCACCUGUUUGCCGCUAGUCCUUUUUUCCUGAACCAUUGGAAUAAACUCCGAGCGGCCGUCCAUAACACUCUUCCGAGGGGCGAGCCUCGCGGAGCCUGAGAAGACGCCCCGUGGGGCGGCGCUGCACAGCUUUGGUCUGGGGCGCGGCAGCUCCUCUGCCAACAGGGAAGCCCCUUAAGUGCCUGCAGGGACUUGGGUAUUCUAGGUCCUCCGUCUAACUUCUUCCUCAGAGCAAGAAUAAAUUAAAUAAAACCUA